GGGCUCAGUGGGUCCUGUCAGCACUAAGGUUGGUUAGGAAGGGGUUAAUUGAGUCUGAGCUCUGGGUCAGGAAGGGUUAACCUAGGGGGUGGAGGCUUUUCCUGUGGAGAGUAAGGCUUGGCGGCUACCAAAGUGACUCCCUAGUCCCAGCUGUCCCUCCUGCACUCAGCCUGGGUACAACCUCGGACCCCUCCAACUGUCUCCACACAGAGGGCUAUAGAGUGGCUGGCCCGAGGACCACCUCCCUCUCCUUCCUGAAUAGCCCUGCCGGGCCUGGGCAAGGAAGCUGGCAGCAGUUACCAGAGGCUCCUACCCUAUGGCGCCAGGGACUCCUCAGCCACCUGUGCACAGCCCUGUGUAUGGAGCACGGACCUGCCCAGCCUCGCUAAGAUGCUCCUGGCCUCUCCCUCCACACCAUCGAGGGGACGAACCCCCAGCGCCGUGGAGAGGCUGGAGGCGGACAAAGCCAAGUACGUCAAGACGCACCAGGUGAUAGCACGUCGCCAGGAGCCAGCCCUGCGAGGGGGACCCGGACCGCUCACGCCACACCCUUGCAACGAGCUGGGGGCCCCCGCAUCGCCCAGGACGCCAGGGCCUGCCCGCCGGGGUAGCGGCAGGCGACAGCCAAGGCCCGACUCCCUAAUCUUCUACCGCCAGAAGCGGGACUGCAAGGCUUCGGUGAACAAAGAGAACGCCAAGGGCCACGGGCUAGUCCGACGCCUUUUCCUGGGAGCCCCCCGGGACGCUGCCCCGAGCAGCCCGGGACCCACAGAGAGUCCCGGGACUCCGGCGGGGUGGGCCGGGCCCACGGACGCUCCGGAGGCGAGCGGGAAGCGCGCGCUGUGCCCCACAUGCUCGCUGCCGCUGUCGGAGAAGGAGCGCUUCUUCAACUACUGCGGCCUGGAGCGCGCGCUGGUGGAGGUGCUGGGCGCCGAGCGCUUCUCCCCGCAGAGCUGGGGCGCCGAGCGCGGCCCGCAGGUCGCGGCGCCGCCGCCGCCCGGCUCCGGGGACACCAGCGACUGGACGUCCAGCGACGGGGACGCGGGCAGCCCGGACGGUGCGGGCGGCGGCGGCGGCGGCUCGGAGGCGGCGGGCUCGGCGCGGGACGGGCGCCCCCCGGUGUCGGUGGUGGAACGCAACGCGCGCGUCAUCCAGUGGUUGUACGGCUGCCAGCGCGCGCGCGCCCCGCCGCGCGAGUCCGAGGUGUGACCGCCGCCGCCCCGCGGACGGCUGCCGGAGGGGUCGCCGCGUCCUGAGGACACCCCCCUCCCGACCUCAGUUUCCCCCCUGGCUGCGCCCCCGGCAGGAGGGAACACGUUGGGCCGGGCGCUGGCUUCUGGAAGGGACGCGUGGCCUGCGUGGACUGUGAGCGGUGGUGGACUGGGGCGGGAGAUGGCCCAACUCCUGAAUAAAGCGAAAAUGUUAUUUAAUAAAAGGG